AUGAGGGUUGAGAGUGGGAAUGGAAAGCAGGGGCUUAUGAGGAAGGGUGCGUGGGGAGGCGUGGCGAGUGUGAGAGGGCGGGCGGACGUCGUGAUGAGGCCCGCAGGCGAGCGCGGAGUGAGCAAGGGGAUGAGGGUGGGCAUGGGGAAAGGGAGUGAACAGGGGGGAACACCACGAACUGGGGGGAAGAGGAGAAGGCGGCGGGGCGGGAAACCAGGGCGUCGGCGCGAGGGAGGGGAAUGGGCAUGGGCGACGGAGGAAGGAAGCGAGGGCGAAGAAGAGGGGACGCUCGACGAAGACGUCAGCGGCGGGAAUGAGAACAAUGUUGACGCAGCGACAGGUGGGAGAGGAGAGGUCGACUCGGCGAGCGAUGGGGAGGGAAAACGAGGGCGACGGGAGGGGGAAAGCGAGGGCGACGGGAGGGGGAAAGCGAGGUCGACGGAAGGGGGAAAGCGGAGGGGGAAAGCGAGGUGGACGGGAGGGGGAAAGCGAGGUCGACGGGAGGGGGAGGCGGCGAUGGCGACCCGCGAGGCGAGGGUGGUAGGCGGGGAAGAUGCGGUACGCGACGGGCGGGGGAAGCGAGGGCGGCGGGUAUGGGAAGCGAGGGCAACGGGAGGGGAGAAGCGAGGGCGGGCGGAGGAAGCAAAGGCGACGGGCAGGGAGGAGGCGAGGCGACGGGCGGGGAGGAGGUGGUGCGCGGGAAGAGCGAGGGCGACGGGCGGGGGAAGCGAGGGUGAUCGGCUUUUCAAUGAAGCGGCGACGGAGGAGAAAGGCGAACGCGCUCGUCUGUCGUCAUUCGUGGGCGCUAUGGCUAUCUCCGAUCUCGUCAAGUCGACUCUCGGACCCAAAGGAAUGGACAAGAUUCUGCAGUCCACCAGCCGUGGAGGCGGGCUCAUGGUGACCAACGAUGGAGCCACCAUUCUCAAGGCACUACACAUCGACAACCCGGCUGCCAAAGUGCUUGUUGACAUAUCCAAGGUGCAGGACGACGAGGUGGGCGACGGCACGACGUCAGUGGUGGUGCUGGCGGGGGAACUGCUGAGGGAGGCGGAGAAGCUGGUUACUGCGAGGAUUCACCCCAUGACCAUCAUCUCAGGUUACCGCAUGGCUCUGGAUUGUGCCCGGGAGGUACUGAUCAGCAAGAGCAGAGACAACAAGGACGACCCGGCCAAGUUCAGGGAGGAUCUGCUGCGCAUUGCCAAGACGACGCUGAGCUCCAAGAUUCUCUCGCAGGACAAGGAGCACUUCGCCUCGCUCGCAGUGGAUGCAGUGCUGCGUCUCAAGGGCGGCACCAACCUGGAGGCCAUUCAGAUCAUCAAGAAGGCCGGCGGGGCUCUGUCCGACUCGUACCUUGAUGAAGGGUUUAUUCUGGACAAGAAGAUAGGUGUGGGGCAACCGAAGAGAAUCGAGAACGCCAGGAUUCUCGUCGCAAACACGGCGAUGGACACGGACAAGGUGAAGAUCUACGGCGCCCGCGUGCGCGUCGACGGCAUGGCCAAGGUUGCAGAGAUUGAAGCGGCCGAGAAAAACAAGAUGCGGCAAAAGGUGGAGAAGAUUAUCGCGCACGGGAUCAACUGCUUCAUUAACCGGCAGCUGAUUUAUAACUUCCCGGAGGAGCUCUUUUCGGACGCGGGGGUUAUGGCGAUCGAGCAUGCGGAUUUCGAGGGGAUCGAGAGGCUGGCGCUGGUGACGGGUGGGGAGAUUGCCAGCACGUUUGAGGACCCUGCGGGUGUGAAGCUGGGGCAGUGCAAGGUGAUCGAGGAGAUCAUGAUUGGGGAGGACCGCCUGAUUCACUUCUCGGGGGUGGCGCUGGGAGAGGCGUGCACCAUCGUGCUGCGAGGGGCCAGUUCACACGUGUUGGAUGAGGCUGAGCGGUCGCUGCAUGAUGCGCUGUGUGUGCUGACAGCGACAGUUGCGGACAGCAGAGUGGUGUGGGGUGGGGGCUGGCCGGAAGUCAUGAUGGCGACUCGAGUUGAUGACCUUGCUCGCCGCACACCGGGCAAGCGCGCUCUAGCAGUGGAGGCGUUUGCUUCUGCCCUGCGUGCCAUCCCCACCAUCAUUGCCGACAAUGCUGGGCUGGACAGUGCAGAGCUGGUGGCUCAGCUGAGGGCGGCGCAUGCUGAGGAGAACAGCCGUGCUGGCAUCGAUGUUAUCACGGGGCAGUCUGGCGACAUGGAGGAGUGUGGGAUCUACGAGUCACUCAAGGUGAAGCAGGCUGUGCUGAUGUCAGCAACGGAGGCAGCGGAGAUGAUCCUGCGUGUGGAUGACAUCAUCACCAACGCUCCUAGAAGGCGCGAGGAGAGGCUAUGA